AUGUUUGGCACUGCCAGCAGCAGUGAUGAUGAAAGCAGCGACCUGUCAGUCAGAGGCCUAAGUUUCACAGAGUGGAGGAAUUUAGGGGUCACAGGAGGUGUUGGCUUGUCUCAGUGCUCACAUUGCUGGCGGACGCGGGGGUGGGUGGAGAGCAUCACGAUUAAGAGGGAACACACACACACGCACACACACACCUCCUUCCUCCUUCCCCUCCUCUUCCUCUCACCCCACCCCCCGGGGGGCGGUACCCUAGUCUCCCGGGGGAGGUUUUGGGGCGGAGGACCGGGGAGGACUGCGCCCAGGAGGGUGACCGGCCACAGCAGGAGGGCUUGGGUUCGAGCUGCUGCAGCUGGGUGGCCGGCGCCGCGGCGACCCCUCCCCCGCUUUCCCUGGCCGCCGCCCCCUCCUCCUCCCGUCCUCCUCCUCCUCUUCCUCCUCCCUGUCCCCCAUCCUCCUCCCGGCCCCCGGCAGCUGCGGCUCAGGGAGCAGCCGGAGGCGGCGCCGCGGCCGCGCAGCCUUUGUCUCGGGCCGCCGGGCGCGCGGGGCCCAGCGCAGGCAGGCCACGCGGGGACGGAGGAGGCAGAGAGGACGGGCAGUGAUGGAGAAACGGGAGAGGAGCCGGCCAAGCGCCACCGUCACCACCAUCACCAACCACCACUACCAUCACCAUCACUGACUGUCGCCCAUCCCAGCUCCCCUGCCUCACCUCCCAUCUCAUAUCCCUGUGCAGUGCCAACUUUAUCAGAUCAUCUCCUUUUCAUUGGGUGCUACUUUGGAAAAGCGACAGAGUGCGCCAAGUCAGGAAUAAGUACAUCCGCUGUGGGACAUUUAUCUUCCCCUUUCCGUGUAGCUACCUCAAUUUUCCCGUCAGGAAAGGGGGCACAGUGGCAUUUCCUUCCUCUAAAUCACACUGAGAUGGCUGGGUAGCCUCCAGUUUUUCCAGUCCUGGUACUGGACGGUUUUAUGUGCUUGGCAAUGAUGAUGAUAAAGUAAUGUCUUCAUUAAAUUGGACAGUUGGGAGUUUUCAAA